AUGAGGCUCGGCCUCAAGAAGCGUCCCAAGAGAGAAGGGAUUCUAAUUCCCAGUCCAGCCAAAAGCAAGACUUCGGCCACAGCCCACUCUCGAGACGCGCCUCCACGUCUCGCCUUCGCGCUCGACGCAGUCGAGUCAUCGCGCUCGUUCGUCACCGUCGCUUUACAGCUCGCGCCCUGCCUCAUUGCCUCCAUCGAGGGUCGCUUCACAUUCAACUUCGUCCUCGAGCAACGGGCGAUACUCGAGGCGCGGCGACUCAUCCACAUCCACAAUGCGACCUUUGGUGAUGUCUCGGCGAUCUCCCCAACCGGCGCCUAUUGCAACCUCGUCAUCAUCAACGUCUACACCUUUUCAAUGCACUCGUACUCAUACCGCGCUGCCUAG